CGUAUUUGUAUAAAACAAGCGAAGAGCCACCACAACGUCUCACUCGCGUGCGGCAGGUGUUCGUCGCCUUAGUUGCCUGCCCACCAAUCACAAACUGAUCAACUGAUCGCAAAGUGAAAAUAAACAAUUCAAGUGAAUCUGUGAAAAUGAGUGGCGAAAACAAUGAAGGCUUCGACCUGUCGUCGGAGGAUCCGGGGCAGGGCUCACGCGUGGGAGUCGGAGCACUGCCGAUCCCGCCAUUGACCGAGAAAGCCCCAGUUAAUGGGGUUAGCGGAAACAAUGAGAAAAAAGUCGAUCCUGAAACCGUCGUGCCCGAGCGCGCAGUGUGGGACAACCAGCUUGAGUUCCUCAUGUCAUGUAUCGCCACGUCAGUCGGUCUCGGCAAUGUGUGGCGAUUCCCCUUCGUCGCCUACCAGAACGGAGGCGGAGCUUUCCUCAUCCCCUACGUCAUUGUACUGCUACUUAUCGGAAAACCUAUGUACUACCUCGAAUGCGCCUUAGGACAGUUCAGUUCCAGGAAUUCAGUUAAAGUCUGGUCUUUAUCACCAGCCAUGAAAGGGACGGGCUAUGCCACCGCUCUGGGUUGUGGGUACAUCCUGUCGUACUACGUGUCAAUAGUCGCGCUGUGCCUGUUCUACCUGGCUAUGAGCUUCCAGGCUACUCUACCGUGGGGAAUCUGUCAGCCCGAGUGGGAUGACUGCGUACCGUCCGACCCCAGCCAAGAGGUUGGCGUAGUCACAGAAAACGCCACCAGCAGUGCUGAACUUUAUUUCCUAAAAACAGUUCUACAGCAGAAAGAUGGUAUUGAGGGUGGACUUGGUCUCCCCGUAUGGCACUUGGUGCUGUGCCUGGCAGGCGCUUGGUUCGUGAUCUUCGUGAUUGUCGCUCGUGGUGUCAAGAGCUCCGGCAAGGCCGCCUACUUCCUAGCUCUCUUCCCAUAUGUCGUCAUGAUUGUUCUGCUCAUCACCACUGUGAUCCUCCCUGGAGCAGGCGACGGUAUUCUUUUUUUUUUGACUCCACAAUGGGACAAACUUAUUGAACUGGAUGUGUGGUACGCCGCCGUAACGCAAGUGUUCUUCUCUCUGUCCGUGUGCACCGGAGCUAUUAUUAUGUUCUCCUCUUACAACGGCUUCAGACAAAAUGUUUACAGAGAUGCUAUGAUAGUAACGACGUUGGACACAUUCACGAGCUUGCUGUCCGGAAUCACCAUUUUCGGUAUUUUGGGUAACUUGGCUGUUGAGCUGAACCAGGAGGUUAAAGAUGUGAUCGGCUCUGCUGGUACCGGCCUCGCCUUCAUCUCCUAUCCUGAUGCUAUUUCGAAGACAUUCUUGCCACAGUUGUUCUCGGUGCUGUUCUUCCUGAUGAUGUCUGUGCUCGGCGUGGGGUCUGCGGUGGCGCUGCUGUCCACUAUCAACACAGUCAUGAUGGACGCCUUCCCCCGCAUUCGUACCGUCUUCAUGUCUGCUUUCUGUUGCACCAUCGGUUUCGCCGUCGGAUUGAUUUACGUCACACCUGGAGGUCAAUAUAUCCUAGAGUUGGUUGACUACUACGGUGGAACUUUCCUCAUUCUCUUCUGUGCUAUCGCUGAAAUUAUUGGAGUUGUCUGGAUUUACGGUUUGGAGAACUUGUGCGUGGACAUCGAGUUCAUGUUGGGCAUCAAGACUGGCUUCUACUGGAGAUUCUGCUGGGGUCUCAUCAUGCCUGCUAUGAUGAUCACCGUGUUUAUCUACGCUUUCGCCUCUUAUGAAGCUCUCUUGUUCGGUGGUUACUAUACCUACCCAACAGCUGGAUAUGUAUCUGGAUACAUGAUGCUUAUUGUUGGUAUUCUCUUCGUGCCGAUUUCAAUCUCGCUUACCAUGUACAAGAACAAAACUGGAAAUUUCAUCCAAACAAUUAAGCAGGCGUUCAAGGCCAAGAGCUCAUGGGGUCCUCGCACGCCGAGCGACUACAACGACUGGGUGCAGUUCAAGGCCGAAGCCAAGCAGCAGCGCGUCGCCAUGCGCACGUCCUGGGCCCGACACAUCUGGCUCAGCCUCACCGGCGGAUACAGGAAACGACUAUAAACUAGUCACUAGCUUUACCACUAGGAUAAAUUUAUUCAUAGACUUAAUAUAGUACUAGUAUUUAUAAAAUAGCGUAAUCGCUCCAAGUACCUUAAAUUUACCUAAGCGUCAAUUUCUUGUAAAUUGUAAACUACUUAGGUUUGGAAAAUAAUUGCCAAAAUAAUGUUAUUUUAAUAGUACCUAAUUUAUUAAAGUUGUACUUUUGUAUUCAGGGUAUUUAUUAAGUUAAUAUCAAUUAAGUAUGUAAGUGUUGAAACUUUUUAUAUCAGUGAAAAUACAUUUUUAUGAAAACAA